UGUCCCAGAGGGCGGGUUUGGUUUCAGCAGUUCUCUUCCUGUUUCAGUCUAGAGGAAAGUGCUCUUACAUAUGCAAAAAUAAGAAUUACACUUAUCGUUUGAAUACAAUGUUUAUUACUAUUUUACUAAUCUGCGGAGGACUGGUCGGAUUGUACCUGCUGCUAAGCGUGACUGUUUUGAAACCGUCUAAAUGUCAAAGCACAGCAAAAUUGCACGGGAAGACGGUGAUUGUGACUGGCGCAAACACGGGUAUCGGAAGAGCCACAGCGCUGGAUCUGGCGAGUAGAGGAGCUCGAGUGAUUUUGGCUUGCAGGGAUGAGAAUAGAGCUCAGGCUGCUGUCACACACAUACAGAAGGAAACAGGAAAUAAAGAUGUGUUGUAUAUGCACUUGGAUCUGGCCAGUCUGCUGUCUGUGAGGACUUUCGCUGAGAACUUUCUCAAGAGAGAAUCCAGAUUAGAUAUUCUUAUCAACAAUGCAGGACUUGUAUUGGGGGGCAAGACUGAGGAUGGUUUUGGAAAGAUCUUUGGUGUCAAUCAUCUUGGUCACUUCCUGCUUACUGUUCUGCUGUUGGAACGGUUAAAAGAGUGCGGUCCUAGCAGAGUUGUGACUGUCUCUUCAAUGGCCCAUUUGUGGGGGAAAAUUGACUUCAACUGCAUUAACACUCAUAAAGAUUUGGGUUUAGGAAAUUCCACAAUGAAUUUGCUGAAGUUGUACAGCAACAGCAAACUCUGCAAUAUCCUCUUCACCUACGAACUGGCCAAGAGAAUGAAAGACACACAUGUUACCUGCUACAGUCUUCAUCCAGGAGCCAUCAAAACAGAGAUUGGUCGUCACAGCAGCAUAUGGUGGAAGCUGUUCCUGACACCAAUUUUGCUGCUGUUCUUUAAUGAUGUGGAUGCUGGAGCUCAGACUUCUCUAUACUGUGCACUUCAAGAAGGUAUUGAGCACCUGAGUGGAAGUUACUUCUCUAACUGUGCAUUGCAGAAGGUUCCUGCUAAAGCCAGAGAUGAUGCAGCAGCCAAAAAGCUUUGGGAAGUCAGCGAGCGCCUCUGUGGUUUAGCAUGAGCUCAUUAUGCACUAGUUACUUUCCUCCUGUAUCGAUUUGUAUGCAUUGUAUACGAUCAGUGUUUGGUGUAAUGCAUUACUAAGUAAUUAAUUACAGUAAUUAAAUUACUUUUAUUUUUCAGUAAUUUAGUUAGUUCUGAUGUAAUUGCAUUAACUACUGUAUAGACUAUACAACAUAUAUAUAACGAUUAUAUAUUUAUAUAAAUAUAUAAAACAAUAGUGAAUUUAAAUUCUAAAAUGUAUAUUAUAAUAUAAAAAUUCUUUGGACAGUUCAUGAAUAAUAUAUUUGAUUUUAUAGGAUUUAUUUGAAAGAAUUAAUAGAACAGUUUCAUGUCUAAACUUGUAUUUAUCAUCUGGUCAAGGUUGAUAAGGGUUUUAGAAUGUAAUUAGUAAUAAGUAAUGCAAUUACUUUUCAGACAGAGUAUUUAGAGGAGUAAUCGAAUUACACUGUAGAUGUAGUUAGUAACUUUUUUAGAGUAACUUACCCAACACUAUGCAAUAAAUAAACGCUGAUAAUUUUCACUAAAACAACUGAGUAAU